AUGGUCAUACGGAUAGUGAAUGAGAAUGAAGGUCUUCGUGGAUGUGAAUUUGUAAAAAAUCAACAAACAACUAAUAUUAGUUGUGAACCACGACCAACUCAAGCGGAUACAACCAAUAAAUUACAACAUUUACGUACUCAUCUUGUCAACAAUAAUCUAUUUGCUUAUGUAAUCUUUUCAGAAGAUGAACAUGGAAGUGAAUAUGUUCAAUUGUAUGAUGAACGACGAGCAUGGAUAAGUGGUUUUCUAGGUUCAGCUGGUACAGCUGUUGUCACACGUAAUAGUGCUGCUUUAUGGACUGAUGGUCGAUAUUGGACACAAGCAGAAGAUGAACUUGAUUGUAAAAAUUGGUAUCUUAUGCGUCAAGGUCAAGCAGGUGUUCCAUCAUUAACUACUUGGUUAACAAAUGAAGUAAAUAGUACACCACCAUAUAAUCGAGUUGGUGUUGCAACAGCAUUUGCUUCUUCGAAUUGGUGGUCAGGAGUAAAUAGUGCUUUAAAUGCAAAAAAUGCCACAUUAAUUGAAGUUGCUGAAUUAAUUGAUCUAAUUUGGACACCACCUGAGAGACCAUUACCUAUAACUAAUCCAGUUUUUGUACAUGAAUUAAAAUAUACAGGUAUUAGCUGGGAAGAAAAAGUGAAAACAAUUGCUGAACUUGUACAAACAAAACAAGCAAAUGGUUAUGUUGUUACAGCACUGGAAGAAGUUGCUUGGUUAUUUAGUGUACGUGGGUCAGAUAUUCCAUACAAUCCUUUCUUUAAAGCUUAUGCAAUAGUAUAUGCUAAUCAAACAACACAACUUUGGAUGAACGAGAAUCAAUUAACAACCGAAGCUGGUGCUCAAUUAAGCAAGGUCAAUAUUCGUCCAUAUACAUCUUUUUUUCCUGAUCUCCUUGUAUUAUCUGCUCGCAACGAUAUUUCAAAAAUUUGGUUUUCAGCAUCUGCAUCUCAAGCUAUUUACAGUCGAAUUCCAGGAGAAAAACGUUUAAUUGAUAGUUCACCGGUUGAACUAGUAAAAGCAACUAAAAAUUCAGCCGAACAACAAGGCAUACGUGAUUGUGGUAUACGUGAUGGUGUAGCACGUGUACGUCAUUUGGCUUGGCUUGAAGAUCAAAUAAAUAAUAACAUUAAUAUUAAUGAAACUAGAUCAGCUGAAGAACUAGAACAUUUUCAAAAAGACGAAGCUUUAUUUCAAACACUUAGUUUUGAUUCGAUUUCAGCAUUUGGUCCUAAUGCUGCAGUUAUUCAUUAUAGUCCAAAAGCAAAAACAGCUGCACAAAUUACUAAAGAUGGUCUCUAUCUACUUGAUGCUGGUGCACAAUAUCUUGAUUGUACAACUGAUGUAACACGUACACAUGUUUUCGGUACACCAACAGAAGAACAAAAAAAAGCUUAUACACUUGUUUUUCAAGGUUCAACUGAUUUAGCCGAUGCGAUAUUUCCAUUUGGUACCUAUGGUCGAAGUCUUGAUAUAUUAGCAAGACAAUCUCUUUAUAAGAAUUUCAUGGAUUAUAAUCAUGGUACAGGUCAUGGCAUAGGUCAUUAUCUUUCCGUCCAUGAAGGACCAUCUUCUAUUAGUAUGGGUUAUAGUUCAAGUGAUAUCCCAUUAACAGAUGGUAUGGUAUUUUCUGAUGAACCUGGUUUUUAUCUCCCACAAAACUUUGGUAUUCGACUUGAAACAGAUAUUAUGGUGAAAAAUUAUACAUUACCAAAUAAUUAUGGUGGUUCAUCAACACAAUUUCUUCAUUUUGAAAUUUUAACAUUUGUUCCUUUUGAACGAAAUUUAAUUAUCUGUGAAAUGUUAACAAAAGCUCAAAAGGAUUGGGUCAAUUGGUAUCAUAUAGAAGUACGAAAUAAACUUGAAAAAACAAAUCGAUUAAAUCAACGUGAAUUAUCAUAUCUUAGAGAUAAAACACAAGAAAUAAUAUGUUAA